AUGGUGGCUAGGUCAUGCUUGAAUUUGUUAGACCUGGUAUCAGGGGAUAUGCUGAAUUUCCCUCAAACUCCAAGAUCUCUUCCGCGAGUUAUGACUGAUCCAGUAAUAUAUUCUGAUGGAGAUGGUAAACAAAGUAAUGAUGAUGAUUCAAGUGUUUUCUCAACUGAACACCGUCGCAAGAUAAUUAUAGUGUCAAAUUCUCUUCCUCUCAAUGCGAAAAGGGAUAAAGUAUCUGGUAGAUGGUGCUUCAGUUAUGAUGAGGAUUCUAUUUUUUGGCAGUUAAAGGAUGGUCUCUCUCCUGAUGCUGAUGUUGUGUAUGUGGGAUCUCUGAAGGUUGAUGUUGAUGCAAGCGAGCAAGAUAAAGUUUCCCUUCAGUUGCUGGAGGAAUUCAACUGCUUGCCUACUUUUAUUCCUUCAGAACUCUACAAACAAUUCCAUGAUGGAUUCUGCAAGCAACAUUUGUGGCCUCUAUUCCAUUACAUGUUGCCCAUGUAUCCAGGCAAUCGUCGCUUUGAUAGAUCACAGUGGCAGGCUUAUGUUUCUGCUAACAAGAUAUUUGCAGAUAAAGUCAUGGAGGUCCUUAAUCCAGAAGAUGAUUAUGUAUGGGUUCAUGAUUAUCAUCUUAUGGUGCUUCCAACAUUUCUGCGGAAGCGGUGUAGUCGAGUCAAGCUUGGCUUUUUCCUCCACAGUCCAUUUCCUUCAUCAGAAAUUUAUAAAACUCUGCCUGUCAGAGGUGACAUUUUGAAAGCACUGCUUAACGCAGAUUUAGUUGGUUUUCACACCUUUGAUUAUGCUCGCCAUUUUCUCUCCUGCUGCAGGCGAAUGCUAGGCUUGGAACACGAAUCCAAGAGGGGUUACAUUGGGCUUGAAUACUCUGGCCGCACAAUAUUCAUUAAAAUUUUGCCUGCUGGGAUUCACAUGGGUCGACUUCAAUCUGCCUUAGAUCACCCUUCCUCUUCUAACAAAGUCAGAGAAAUCCACGAACAAUUUAAGGAGAAAAAGCUUAUUCUUGGUGUUGAUGAUAUGGACAUAUUCAAAGGUGUCAGUUUAAAAUUUCUGGCCAUAGAACAACUCCUCCAGCAAUAUCCAGAAAUGCAAGGUAAAUUGAUACUGAUCCAAAUUUUAAACCCCCCAAGUAGUGCUGACAAAGAUAUUGAGGAUGCAAAGGAGGAAGCCUACAUUACUGCCAAAAAGAUAAAUGAAAGGUUUGGUUUGGAAGGUUAUGAACCUAUCAUCAUCAUUGAUCGCCAUGUUCCUUACUAUGAGAAGGCAGCCUAUUAUGCUUUGGCAGAAUGUUGCAUUGUGAAUGCAGUUCGCGAUGGUUUGAAUUUGGUUCCCUACAAGUACACUGUUUGUAGGCAGGGAAGUUCUAAAAUGGAUGAAGCCUUGGGAAUUGCUCCUGACUCUCCGCGUGCAAGUGCACUUGUUGUUUCUGAGUUUAUCGGUUGCUCACCAUCUCUUAGUGGCGCAAUAAGGGUAAAUCCAUGGGAUAUUGAUGCAGUAGCUGAAGCACUAAAUUUGGCAAUCACAAUGCCUGAUGGAGAGAAGCAGCUUCGACAUGAGAAGCACUAUAGAUACGUUAGUUCUCAUGAUGUGGCCUACUGGGCUCGAAGUUUUGAGCAAGAUCUAGUGUUUUCGUGCAAGGAUCACUCUAGGAACCGUUGCUGGGGCAUUGGCUUUGGCCUGAACUUCAGAAUUUUAUCUCUCUCUCCUAGUUUCAGGAGGCUAUCCAUAGACCACGUUGUCCCUGCAUAUAAAAGGAGCAGUUGCAGGGCAAUCCUUUUGGAUUAUGAUGGUACAGUUGUACCUCAAGCAUCCAUUGAUAAAGCCCCCAAUCCUGAAGUCAUAUCGGUGCUAAAUAACCUUUGCAGUGAUGUCAACAACACUGUGUUUAUUGUUAGUGGCAGGGGAAAAACAUCAUUGAGUGAAUGGUUUGAUCAGUGUGAGAAUCUUGGUAUAGCAGCUGAGCAUGGUUAUUUUAUAAGGUUAGUGAUUUAUAGUUGGUGGGGUAAGCAUGCUAGUUGGCAAAUGAGUCAUGCAGAUACAGAUUUUGCGUGGAAAAGGAUUGCUGAGCCUGUGUUGAGAUCUUAUAUGGAGGCCACUGACGGCUCCUCUGUAGAGACCAAAGAGAGUGCCUUGGUAUGGCAUUACCAUGAUGCCGAUCCUGAUUUUGGAUCUUGGCAAGCCAUGGAGCUGUUGGAUCACCUUGAAAAUGUACUUGCAAAUGAGCCUGUUGUUGUAAAAAAGGGACAACAUAUUAUCGAAGUCAAGCCUCAGGGCAUUACUAAAGGGUUAGUUGCACAGGAAGUUCUUUCUAGCCUAUCCAAGAAGGGUAAAUCGCCAGAUUUUGUACUGUGCAUUGGUGAUGAUAGGUCUGAUGAGGAUAUGUUUGAGAGUAUUUUAAGCAAACCUUACAGUGCUACUUCCUCCUCAGUACCAGAAAUCUUUGCAUGCACUGUUGGACAAAAACCAAGCAAAGCUAGAUAUUACCUAGAUGACACCAAGGAUGUGAUGUCAUUACUUGAGGGUCUUGGUGCUGCUUCAGUGCCUAAAUCAAGAUAUUCUACAGAAACCCCUUUUGAGAAAAGAGAAGUAUGUUUUGAGAAUAUCGUUUAG